AUGGCUUUCAUGCUCCUUUCCCUGCUGGCCUGUGUCGCUUGGGCGAAUGCCAACCCCAUUUCGGCCAGGACGGUCCAUAUCCUUGAUGAACCUGCAGCGGCAGAAGCUCAACGUCGCGAUGACACUGCCGUUCGGGCAUUUUCUAAUAUUCAAAUCAAGACCUCGGAUGGAAAAUGUCUUUAUGUUGACAAGCCAUCGGGAGACUUCCGUGCCAACCUUCUAUCCAUCCAGGUAGCCAAGUGUGGAUCUACAGAGGGCCAGGGAUGGGACAUCAUCACUGCCGGCAAGCACAUCAAGGGCGAUGAUGUUAUGCUUGUUGUCAAUACAUUGACUCGAGCCUGUCUCGACUUUAAUCUUCAUAGACCGAAAGGGAGCCAGGCGUUCCUCUACCCAUGUGAUGGCUUUGCUGACGGCAGCGGCGAGGUGGCUGAUUCUCAGCUGUUUGUUUUCGACGGCCGUGCUACCUCCAUGUCCCUGAAGCCAGUAAAUGCCAAAGAGUCAUGCCUUGCAGCAAAGGAUGGCAGUGUUGACAUCAUUCGAUGCCAGAAGGGAGACACCAGCCAAGUGUUCACCUUUGGCCUCGAAGUCGUCCACUCCGAUCUUAAGGCCAGAGGGAAUUUUGAUCAGUUUCAUGCCGCAGGUCGCUUCAGGACUUCGACCACUUCAACUGCGGCUGCAGCUGAGACAAGCGACUCUGAAGCCGAGGCUAACUCCAGUGCUACGUCCACUGCUCGAGCCCAGUCGACCAGGACGACGACAUUGAGGACGACCAUCUUCUCCACUACGACAUCGACAAGGCAAAAGACGUCGACUUCGCAGGCUUCGGCUCAGACAACCCGGACGAGCACUCUUCGGGAGACAGUCACCUCAGUUACCACGUUGACUAGUGGUUCCAGAAGGACCAGGGUCAGAAACCGCACCAAGACCAGAACCUCCACAACCACCACCUCAGCCCAAACCACCACAGCCGCCACAACCGCAGCAACCACAAGCGCCGCCGCGGCAAGCGGCAUCCCGACCGUCAACCCCACCACGCCAGUCCCUGUGUCCCUCGGUGGGCUACUGCAGCCGUCGGCAGCCGCAAAGGCACACCAGCGCGAUAACACGGCAACACGCGCCUUUGAGAACGUCGAAAUCCGCGCGCCGAAUGGUCAGUGUAUGUUUGUAGAUCCGACGGCAGGCGAUUUCCGACAGAACUUGAUCCCCGUAUCGUUGGUUAAGUGCAGUGGUUCGCCGAAUGAGAAGUGGGAUGUUAUUGUCAACGGGAAGCAUAACCAGCCUUCGGCGGGACGGCCAAAUAGUGCGUUGGUUGUUAGCUCUUUGACCCAAGGAUGUAUCAGCUUCGACGGCAGGCGGCAGCAAGGUGACAGGGUGUUUAUCUUUUCGUGUGGCGGUCGCGCCGAUGGCAGUGGCGGCACCGAUGGCAACCAGUUGUUCCCCUACCUUGGCCAGACCAGCUUCGCCUUUGCGCCGCUUAAUGCGGGCAACACCACCUGUAUUCUCCCAGGCGACGGGCGCCUCACGUCCGGGCCAUGCCCGACUGACGGAUCGCAGCUCUUCUCUAUCUUUUUCAUUAUCUUCGUUACAGUACGAUCUGAGUUGCGUACAUAUCCGCCGACAUUAACUCUUGGCUCCCCUGCGCUCGAAGACCUUUCUUCCAACCGCACAGCAACACCCACGCUCCUGUCCUCGUUAUCUUUCUCCUCUAUUCGGUUCAACAUGCGCCGCCGAUCCGCCGCUGUCACAGCGGCCUUGACCAGCAGCCCUUCUCCCCUCCUUGACGUCUUGGUGCCUGCAGUCAGACAACAAGUAGGCGCAGCAGCCGCCUUUCGCAUACACCACGCUGUGGCAUCCGCAUCUAGCAUACCAUCCAAUCCCUCACCCAAGAUUCAUGAGACGUCCUCUAUCCUUCGCCGUCUACUCUCGAGCGCAAACAACUCACUACAUUCCCGGACAUUUUCUUCCAUUCCGCACGCACCAACCCCGCAAGUUCGCACCUUCAGCACAACCUUCUCCCGCCCAAAAACACACAUCCUCUUUAACCCACAAGUCGGCGAAGACGGGCAAGAAAUGCGCCUUGAAAUCACUCCCCGCGCAGGCAAACGCCUUACCGAAAUAAUGAAAAAAGACACCAACCCCCACCUAGCCCUGCGCAUCCAAGUCGAAUCUGGCGGCUGCCAUGGCUUCCAGUACGUGAUGCGUCUGGUCACCUUGCCCCCAUCUUUGCCUACACCCGAAUCACCCGCCCCCUCCUCCGACGAUACCACCGCCACACUUCACGAAGACGACACCAUAUUCGCCUGGACGCCCGACGAGAGCAUGGCUGAACCGGAUAUCACAUCGCCAAAAAUCAUUCUGGAUUUGGCGUCUCUGGAGUUGUUGAAGGACAGCAAGGUCGAUUUUACGCAGGAGUUGAUUGGGUCACAGUUUAAGAUUGUUGAUAAUCCCAAGGCGACGAGCAGUUGUGGGUGUGGAACAAGCUUUGAUAUCAAGAUUUAA